AUGGGCUAUGGCCCGGUCCGGUCCGGUCCGGUCCGGGUCGGGUCGCGGGUCCAAGGCAGAGGAGCCCGGGGGGCGAUACCCAAGAUCAAGAAGAAGCCUCCCGUCGACGCUGCCAUUCGCGAGGACGACAAAGAAGACGCCGCCGCCGCCGCCGCCGCCGCCGCCGUCGAUGAUCUCCCCUCCACGGCCCCUACAGGCAGCGACGCAUCCCCUGCCCCGCCACCUCCGCUGCCGUCCCAGCCACAGCGCAGCACCACCCCACCUCCACCCCCGAUGCUGGAAUCCAAGGGCUUGGGGACGUGGGAUUACUUCUUCGGUGGUGAGAAGAACAUGCCCCCUCCCACCCUCAGCCAGCCUGAGGAUACCUGGCCGCCGGCAGAAAGAAGGGAAAUUGAGGAGGAGAAGAUCAAGACCUCGGCUACUCGCCCUUCGCCGCCGGCCGUGAGCAACGACAUCCGUGGUGUUGAACCCCCAAUGGCACCGGAGAAGGUGGUCGCCGAGCCUGUGCCGCCGAAGGCCGUGAAGAAGCUGAAGCAGGGUAGUUCAGCACAUCACCACCAUGCUUUGUCGGCUGGGAGAUCGGAGUUCAUUUCCUCGAGGCAUCAGAGAGUGCUCAUGAUGGUUCGCUGCGAAGGAAACAAGAGGAUUUUGGGUGAAGAGGGAAGGGGCGAGAAUCUCUUGAUGUCGUUCUGA